GCCACCGCCACCACCUUCUUCUCCCUCUCUUCUUCUCCUUCUCCUUCUCCUUCUUCUUCUUCUUCCUCUUAUUGAUCUGUUUUUAUAUAUCUGAUACUCAAAUUUGUGAGCUAUCCAUGUUAGUGGAGGACAUGUUAAUUUUGUUGAUGGACGUGCUCUUUUUGGCUGUGUUGAUCAAACUCCUGUGCAUCUUGUUGCACUUGAAGCUCGCUGUGUUGUUGAUCUAUUUAGUUGUUGUCUACAUGUUACUUGUUUCUUUAGCCCUGUUUCACUGAUCGAUUUGAGACGUAGCAGAGGAAUCUACUGUUUGGGAUGGCUGAACAAUUCUACACUGUUGCAUCUGAUAGUGAAACCACUGGUGAAGACAAAGCACAAACUCCUCUCCCUAAUCUUGCAAUCGGCAUUGAUAUUGGAACUUCAAAGUGCAGCGUUGCAGUUUGGAAUGGUACACAAGUCGAGCUGCUUAGAAACACCAGAAACCAAAAGCUCAUGAGGUCAUAUGUCAUGUUCAAGGAUGACCUCCCUUCAGGAGGAGUGAGUGAGGAAACCGCUCAUGACGAAAAAGACAUUUUGUCAGGAAGUGCAAUAUUUAAUAUGAAACGCUUAAUCGGUCGGAUGGACACAGAUCAAGUUGUUCAUGCCAGCAAGACCCUUCCCUUUUUGAUACAGACUUUGGAUAUUGGUGUCCGACCAUUUAUUGCAGCAUUAGUGAACAAUGUAUGGCGAGCUACCACUCCCGAGGAAGUUCUUGCCAUCUUUCUACUGGAGCUCAAAGGCAUGGCGGAGAUGCAUCUCAAGUGUCCUAUUAGAAAUGCUGUUCUGACUAUUCCAGUCUCGUUCAGCCGGUUUCAGCACACCAGGAUUGAGCGAGCCUGUGCGAUGGCUGGAUUACAUGUUCUGAGGCUGAUGCCUGAACCCACUUCGGUGGCACUUUUGUAUGCGCAGCAGCAACAGCAGCUUUUGCAUGAGAAUAUGGGGAGCGGCUGUGAGAAAGUGGCUCUUAUAUUCAAUAUGGGUGCUGGGUAUUGUGAUGUUGCUGUAACUGCUACUGCUGGCGGUGUUUCUCAGAUAAAAGCCUUAUUGGGCUGCCCUGUUGGUGGAGAAGAUAUACUUCAGAAUGUCCUGCGCCACCUUUUACCUAACUUGGACAGUUUCUGCGCUGACCACAGUAUCGAGAAAAUUAAGUCGAUGGGAUUACUCAGGAUUGCAACCCAAGAUGCAAUUCACAAACUGUCCAGGGGACAGAAUGUCCACAUUAAUGUGGAUUUGGCCGAUGGGACCAAAGUAUCUAGAACCUUGGACCAACCAGAAUUCGAGAAGGUAAAUGAAAUGGUGUUUGAGCAAUGUGAGAAUCUAAUAAAGCAGUGCUUACUUGAUGCCAAAUUAACUGCAGAGGACAUAAACGAUGUUAUUUUAGUGGGAGGGUGUUCCAACAUUCCUAGAAUCAGGAGUCUCGUGUUAGGCUUGUGCAAGAAGGAAGAACCAUAUAAAGAUAUAGAGCCUCUGGAGGCUGCUGUCCAUGGUGCUGCACUCGAGGGAGCUAUUGCUUUGGGAAUCAGUGAUCCUUCAGGGAGCUUAGACCUGCUAACUAUUCAGGCCACCCCUCUAAGCCUUGGGAUCCGUGCCGACGGUGAUACCUUUGUGCCUAUUAUACACAGGAACACUGCAAUCCCUGCAAGAAAGGAGGUGGUGUUUACAACAUCGCAGGAUAACCAAACUGAGGCCUUAAUUGCUGUUUAUGAAGGCGAGGGGAUGAGUGUGGUAGAAAACCAUCUGCUGGGCUUCUUCAAGGUCACCGGCAUUCCACCAGCGUCGAAGGGAACGGCUGAGAUCAGUGUUUGCAUGGACAUUGAUGCUGCAAAUGUUCUUAGGGUUUUAGCUGGUGUGCUCAUGCCGGGAGGCAAACGAGCCCUCCCACCAUUCAUUGAAGUCAGGAUGCCCACGCUGGACCACGGCCAUGGUUGGUGUGGACAAGCGCUUGUGAAGCUGUAUGGUACUGCGCUUGACUUGGCCACAAUUCCGAAGAAGAUGCAACGGUGAUUUGUGCCCAUAUUUGAAAUUCUUAUAAAAUGAAGUUACAAUCUCUCUAAGUCACCUUGUCAAGGAUUAGAGGUACUUUUUACAUAUUCCGUGCUGUUCGCUGUUCCAGUCAUCCUAGCUCUCUGUCUGUAUUGGUUUGUCAUAAACCGUCUGCAAUGAACUUAAAAGUAAAAGAGUAUUUGCUUCUUGCAUGUAGAUGUGAUCUUGGUUAUUAUGUGGUAUUAAUUAGGUCUAGUCUUUGAAUACAUGAGCCUGUGCUGCAAAGUGAAUAUAAGAUGCGUAUGUGGUACGUUUUCUUGGACAA